CUGAUGGGUUACCGCUGGGACAUCUUGCUGUCUUUGCCUCAGCAGGCUGGUGACCGACUGACUGACUGACUGACUGCUGGUGAGUCAGAGAACAGCUGAUGCUGUCAGACCCUCCCCUGUAGUCGUCUUUGCUGUUUCUCAGCCUCUACAUCUGCAGAGCAGCUGCAGCACCAAUGGAGAAGAAGCAAGGAUCUUCUAAUCAGUAUGGUUCACUGGAGCACACUGAAUGGAGCAGAGACGCCAACAAACCAGACGAUGAUGUGGUGUCCAUGGCAGACUCCACCAUGACUGUGGAUGACAUUGAAGGGGAGCUCUUUAAGAUUGAGAGGAUCAGGGACGUCUUGGUCAGAAGGGAGUCAGAGCUCAGAUACAUGAUGGAUGACAUUCAGCUGUGCAAAGAGAUUACUCGUCUGAAGAAGGAGCUUCAUAAAUUAGUGUCCAUACCAGAUAAUGAUAAGUCCAAUGAGGAUCGACAGAAGGAAGAGGAGCUUCUGCUACAGAUCCACAAGCUGGUUGAGACCAGAGAUUUUCUGGUGGACGAUGUCGAGUUUGAACGACUCAGGGAGAAAGAAGAAGAUAAAGAAAUGGCAGAUUUUCUGAAAUCUAAAUUCCCAAAAAAUAUGAAGAGGACAGGUGUGUCAGCCAGAAGAGCAGCAACCAGGGCUCAACAGACCUCUUCCCCAUUUACUAAGACAGGCCUCACCCUCCUGAAGGAGUGUUGUGGCUUCACAUGUUCCAUCAUGUAGACAGAAGACAAAAUAAAUGGCCCUGCUGCAGAAUAAACCUUCACAGACUAAGAUGACCAUUUCACAGGAGUCAACUUUUCCAGUUAUUCAGUUCAAGCAAGACUUACAGAGGCAUGGAUGGACUGGUGCUAAAGUCAGUUUAAAAAGGUCGCAGAAAUGUUAUAAUGUGCUAUCCAUUCCUGGAUAUGAUUUUUCUUUUUUCAUUUUUUGUUAUUCCCUGUGUCUCUGCUUUUGUACUCCAACCUAACUUACUGUAAUUAUUUCUAUUUUUCCCACAAGCUUUGAAGGACAUAAACAGCCGAGCACAAGUCAUUUAUGUCUGCUGUGAACACUAAUUGGAUUCAACCACCAUGAUUCACACACAAGGUCUAUAUUUAAAGACAUCAUGGGGCUGUGAUAAGUGUCAUUUGGUGAAAGUAGCUGUUUUGCAGGAGUCAGCAGGCCAGUCUAGACUGCUGGAACACAUAAUGAGUAUCAGGGAAAUGACACUAAUGAAGCUGACAUUAAUCUGGAGUUCUGUUGGUGUAAAGCUACACGCGGUUUAAUGCUGCAUCCAAAUGGCUUUGACCUUUUAGAAGUGGUGGUUUGUUUAAGAGGAGCCAGUGUUUCAGUACACCUCAUUCUCCUUCAAUAACCGCCCACUCAUUAAGUCUCUUUUUUAUUUGCUCCUGCAUUUAAUGGUGGCAUCUGUUUGUUAUAUGCUAAAACUGAUGUACCAGAACAUUAUGACUUAUUUUUAUUAGAAUUCAUCAUUCUCAGUCCACUGCUCUCAGCUUUGUAUCAUUUCCACAAAGAUAAUGGUUCAGUACUCAACUGCAUUACCACCAGAUUCAGUAUAAAUGGUACACGACUUCAUCAUCACACUAAUGCCAGUGCACAAAAAUUAAAGUGUGUUAUGCUCCAUACUAAUCUGCUGGACAGUUUUAAACUUUUAAUGCCGUUUCAACAGUUACUUGUAUUCAUGCGACGUUACAUCUGCCUCAGUAAUGGAGAAUGACAGCUUAUACUUUAACCCUAAACAUUUUAGCGCAUCCAUGUGAAAUGACAAAAGUUGGAAAUGUGUAUAAAUGGCAUGCAUAAAAUGCCAAAAGUGAUGUUGAAAAUGAGGUUCCUGAAACUGCAGCCUCUGGUGUUGCAGAAAAACCCAGUAUUGGCUUGUGUUGCAUACAAGUCCUUUAUUGUUUGAAAUGCCUCAUGUUUGUUUUCCUUUUGGCUGUUCAAAAUGUUCAGAUCAUGAAAUGGAUCAGGAUUCUGUCAGGACGCGUCAUGAAGUCAUAAAACAGCGAUGGUGAACCAAGGAUUUUACGAAAAGAGGCCAAGAAAAGUGACUUCUGAACAUUUUAUUGGGGCCAAACAAUCUGAGUUCAGGCAUGUCAGAGUUUGAAGUGUUUACUUUGUCAAAGGUUUGUAAAUCACUUUACUUCAGUUAUUAAAGGUUCUUCUCUGUUAGCUUCUGUUAUGUUGUGGGUAAAAUAAAGCUCAUGGGGAGACAAAA